UUUAUUUUUUGCUUGCCAAAUGUUUUGAUUCCCGGCGUAAAAAUGUCCAAUUCCGUGAAUAUAUCGGUGGAAACGACUUGCGAGAACCAGAUCCGCGAGAUUGGCUACGAUGGCACCGAGUUAUAUCAGCCACCGCCCACUUUGUCCGAAAGUCUGGCGAAAUGCGCGGCACGCAUUGACUUCAGCAAGACGUCGCUGGACGACCUGAAGAAGGAGGAGAAGACGGCGGCGGAGAGGAGCAGCGACGAGGACAAGGAGGCCAAUCAGUUCCAGGAGAGCCUGUGGCCCUGGGAUGCGGUGCGCAACAAGCUGAAGGACGCCCUCACCGAGAUCUGUGUGCUGUCCGAUGUGAUUUCGGUGGCCAAGGAUAAGCGGUAUUUGGUGCUGGAUCCCCUGCUGGAGGAGCCGGACGACACCAAGCCCAUUGUGCAGGUCUACAGCCGCAAGAAGGCCAUCUCGCAGGCGGCCCAGGUGCUCCUCGGUGGCGCCGAACGCCUCCGAAAUGCCCACAGUGAGCAGCGCAGCCGGAAUGUCUCCGAUUUCCACAUAGAACUGCUGCGACUGCGACAGAAUUGGCGCCUGAAAAAGGUAUCCAAUGCUAUUAUAGGGGAUCUCAGCUAUCGCACAGCGGGCUCUAAGUUCGGGAUGAGCGGCACUUUCGAGGUGACCAAGGCGGAGGAGGCCGGCGAUGAAGACUCACCCAGCUCCUCGAGCAACAACAACAGCGGAAGCAGUUCUUCCGGCAACAAUGGCAUGCAACUAAAAGCCAGCUCCGCCUUGCGGGUAAUUGUCCCUGCGGAGCUACAGGGUGUGGCCUACAUCAAGGUGAUCACGCAGAAGGAUCAGGAGGACCUGUGCACCGCUCAGGUGAAUCUGAUGGGCCACGGACCGAACAUCACCGCCCAGGUGGGCGUGUGGCAAAAGACCCUGGAGUUUGCCCAGAAUGUGCUCUUCUGCAAGGAGCUUUUCGCCCAACUGGCACGCGAGGCCAUCCAGCUGCAGGCACCGAUACCGCACGUGGUCAUUGGCAACCAAAUACGGGCCACCCUGCUGCCGAAUAUCCAGCUGAUCAUCUCACUCUGCCACUCUACCACCUUCGAUUCAAGUCAGCCGGCGCCAAUCAACGAUCAUGACCAUGUGCUGGAGCACUCGCUGCAUCAGCUGCUGCGCGAGGUGCACUACAAGAACUCCCACCAUCCGUUUCCCCAUCCGGCCAGUGCUCCGCUGGGGCCGACGAAGAAGCGCAUGAUAGCCGGACCAAUGGCGGCGGAUCGGGAGACGCUUUUAGAUAUGACCAAGUCGCAGACGAUACUCGAACAGAUCAUCGCCCAGGCGCAGCACAUCUUUAUGCGCAAGCGAACGCAGUAUGUGCUUGAUACGCUGGCCCGGGAUGUCAAGGAUCCACAGAUUGUGUCGCACUGGAACGCCAUGAACAGUCCAACCAUGUCGUGUGUGAAAAUUAAUAUUGUGACGCAUGGCUACGAUGCCAUUGGACGCACUUCCCUAGUGAUCCACGUCAAGGAGCGCUCGCUGAAGUGCAUCUGUCGCGAUGGACGCGUCAUGCGGCUCUCCUACGAGCCGCAGGAGUUGCGCGACCUCAUCCUCUGCCAGAUCAACUCACACCAGAUCUCCUGCCUGAUCAGCCUGGCGAGAUGCAUGGCCUGGACGGUGCUCUCGAAUAGCAACCACUUGGGCAUCGGCAAGGUGGAGCCGCUGGGCAAUGCCAGCUCUUGUCUGCUGGCCUCUCCGAAUAGCGAUCGCAUGAUUGCCGUUCAGAUCCGCUGCGAUCCGCAGAUAGAUGUGAAGGUCUAUAUAGCGAGGAGUCCGCGCCAGGACUUCUUUCCCAGUCCGCUUGUGCCGGAGAAAUUGUGGGAGAAUCUGGGCGGAAAUUUCAAAGAGGUGAGGUUCGACAAAAUCGAGGGCAAGAGCUUCCUCAACAAAAUGGAAUUUCUGAUGGCCUCACUGACCAGCAACUCAGCCUAAACUAAGAGGUCCAAACGCAUCCACUAGCUUAUAAAUCGAUUAAGAACUCUGCGUUAAGAAUUAUUUAAAGUAAAAAGAGUUUGUAAUUAGUUUUA